ACUGGUAAACUCAUGGGUACACUGCCAACGGCUGCCUGGUAUUGUGACGCAAUAAUUUCAAUUGUAUUUUGGAAUUUCUCUUCAUUCUUAUUUCUACGCCAGUUUAAUAUUCAGUAGCAUUCAAGCUUUGGCAACCUCAGAUGAAGUACGAUGUUUUACCGGCUCAUUUUGGAGACCAACGUAGACUAGACCUGUAGCAUGGACAGCGACGAGGCCCGAAAAGGGUUACAGGAAGCCCCAGAGAGGACAUUCCCUGUAUUCUUCAGAGGAAAACUGGGGGAGAAGCUCCAUCAGGAGACCCCCGGGUUUGACCUGUUGGACCCCAACAUGAGAGUCAUGGAUGUUAGUUAUAACUGCCUCCACGACAAACACCUGAAGAGUUUUUUCCGCCAUCCGGAAAGGAAGAAGCGGCUGGUGAAGCAAGGCCUCAUCACCUCAAAUGAGAAGGUGCUGUGUACGUGUAAAGAGUACAAUCGCUACAGUAGCUACAUCAAGUCAGUUCAGUUGCUGUGGGAGAAGCAGUGCUGUGCCCAGCAGAAAAAUCUUUUGAAGCAGUUCCUAGUCUUGCAGCAGCAAGGGGAGGUUCCUUCCCACAUCUCACUGACGGAUAUUAGAGAAUGGCUCAUUGCCAAGGGUAGAAACUACUUCAAGAACACGUUUCAGAGUGAAAUGGAAGAGGGGAAGAACCUUCACUUGGCCGAACUGGCUUGGAAUGUGAAACGACGCCUCAGGCUUGAGGAGCUGGAAAGAGAAGUGUGCAGGGAGCUGCGCCUGGAGCGCCGAAUCCGCUGGUCGGUGAUUGGACAGCCUGGUAGCCAGAUGGGAGAUUGGAGACCCCUGGGCAUGGAGACACACACACCUCUGGUAAUGGACUCUCCCUUCAAACACUCCACCUCCUCGAUGGACACUCUUUCCAGUCAGAUCUCGACUAAGAACCUCGAGGUUGCUAGGCUACAUACUGCCAGACCACGUUAUGCCAGACCACCAACUGAAAGACCUAGCAGUGACUCUGAUCACUCUGGAACCUUGUCGACUGUGACGACCUGCUCACCACAUUCAGCUAGCCCGUCAGUGAUUACUGUUAGGGACUUGCUGCUCAUGAUUGGGCACAUAACUAGCUCAGUAUUGGAGGAGGUAAAUAGCAUCCUGAUCCCUGCCUUGGUUGACCUUAUAAGGCUGAGAGCUUCAGAAAGUGAUGCAGAGAGUAUGCUCUCCAUCAGCAAAGACACCAACGAAGAUUCAACCCAGGGCUCUGUCAGCUGUACCUCCCUACUCUCCAAAGUCAAUGUGAUCUGUCUCACUCAGAGUCCUGACAGUAAGUCCUCCCCAAUCUCCAUUGAAGAACCAGUCAAAACUUGUUGUAGCAGCAGUUCUCUGUCCAGUGAGGAACGAGCACACUCUUCCUCCAGUCAGAUCUCUACUAAGAACCUCCUGGCUACUUGGCCACGUUCUACCAGGCCCCAAUCUGCCAAACCGCCACCUGCUAAACCAUCACGUGCUAAACCACCAUCUGAUAAACCACCAUCUGCUAAACCGUCACCUGCUAAACCGUCACCUGCUAAACCGUCACCUGCUAAACCGUCACCUGCUAAACCACCAUCUGCUAAACCACCAUCUGCUAAACCACCAUCUGCUAAACCACCACCUACUAAACCACCACCUGCUAAACUACGAUCUGCUAAACCACAAUCUGGCAAACCACCACCUGCUAAACUACGAUCUGCUAAACCACAAUCUGCUAAACCACCACCUGCUAAACCACAAUCUGCUAAACCACCACCUGCUAAACUACAAUCUGCUAAACCACUACUUGCUAAAUUACAAUCUGCUAAACCACCUACUGCCACUGACUACUCUGGAACCUUAUCUGCUGUGGAGGCCACUGGCAAAUGGCAGUUGAUUCCGAUUAGGUUCAGCCCCCUGUACUGUGGGCCUGUUGUGAUCAGGAACAAUGCCGGUCCGGUGGUUAAAGCUUGGAGAACUUUCCAGUUCAUCAGCCCCAUCAUCACCUACAUGCGUGGGGGAUCCCAGCAGGUGGUGGUGAGGAUGCACCACGUGAGUAGGGUGAGAGGCCUGGAGACUCAACUGGUGUGGGCCAUCUCCAAGGAGACAGCCAGGCUUAGUCCAGAGGGCAUCCCCUACUGUGCCACCAAAGUGCAGUCCAUCACUUGGAUCCAGCGUGUGGCUGGCAGGGUGACCCACUAUGCGUCUCACCUCCGCCACGAGACGUCUGUGGACGUGACGCUUGGCUGCUACCAGCAGACUGAUGUCUCAGUGGUGUACGCCACUCUCCACAUGGGGCUGGACGGGCUUCUCUCCUCUUCAGCGUGGUCGGAGGCUGCCUCCUUCUCUACGCCCACCACUCAGCAGUUCACUGACCCAGAGCCUGAGGGCCACAACUGCUAUGAGGGCUGGGAGGAGGACCUGCUGCCUGAGGAGAGGGAGGUUCCUCUGCUAAACCUCUACCUUAUCACCAAGAGAGUGGAGGACAUCGCCCUGAGGCUCGUCUCCCUGCGCCAGGCCUUCACUACCCUGCUUGGUUCCACCCUGAGCAGGAACCGUCUGUUUGUGGCGGGAAAGGUCCUCCUGGGCGCACUGGUUCAGGCCAACCACAUGGACGAGGCCAAGUUCAUCCGUACCUAUAAGGACUUUGUGGACUACCUGAGUGACCCCUCCAAGCGGAAUGACAUUGAGAGGGAGCUGGCUGAGGCAAAGAUCCAUCAUGUGAACAUGAUAGAUGUCCUCUUUGAGCUGGUGCUGUUUGGGUUAAUGACAGCUCAGAAGUCCCUGAUGGUGCACCCUGGUGGGUUCGUGGAGCGUCUGUACGCUCUCCUGUACUCCUUCCUGCCCACUGCUGCCAACAUGGAGCCAGAGGCUGACAGAUACCUGCUGCUGCUCAAUGUAAGAGUAAAGAGAUUACUUCUUUUUACUUCCAUAUUCUUAAGUGUACUUCCUUUUUACUUCCUUAUUCAUGGUUAACCAGGUUCCAAUGCCAUUUUAGGGGGAGUAUUUCUAAUUUUCUCUCUCCUCUUGAUUAGCUAGUAACUCAGAGCCAUUUUCUAUGUGUUGUGUGGUGUUCUCUUCAGGGCGGGCUGAUGGCUCUGCUAGAUGACAUGUUUGGCCAGCAGCUGGCCUGGUACUUUAACCCAGAGUCUCUGGUCACUGAGCUCUCCAGCCUCCUGGAGUACCACUUGGAGAACCUCAUGGCCAGCAUGUAGUCCUACUGCAGGGACCAUACUCCUUUCUCCUUCUCUCUUUUGAAGGAAUUGAGGACUUGAAGUGCUUUGUUGUGCCCUGAUUAGUUAACACCCAUUAAUUUAAUGUAUUCUCUUGUUUUCUCUCCCCACAGGAUUCUUGUGACACUUUGCCACCCAACAGGGAUCUAGACACCAAUGCACUACAUUACUUUGCACUGAAUUUGACAUUUUUAAAUAAAACAAGUUGUAGUUCAAAAACA